GGCUCCGCCCCCCUCCCCUCUGACCCGGUGUCUAGUCGCUCUGUCUUCCUGUUCCAAACCACGUGGACGCGUCGGGGGCCCGCGGUGGUCCCUGUCGCGUUCCCCGCUCCCGGCCCUCCGCGGACCGCGCGCACAUGGCGACCCAGGCGCACUCCCUCAGCUACGCGGGGUGCAACUUCUUGCGCCAGCGGCUGGUCCUGUCCACCCUGAGCGGGCGCCCGGUCAAGAUCCGCAGGAUUCGGGCCAGGGACGACAACCCGGGCCUCCGAGAUUUUGAAGCAAGCUUUAUAAGGCUGUUGGACAAAGUAACUAAUGGUUCUCGAAUUGAAAUCAACCAAACAGGAACAACCUUGUAUUACCAGCCUGGCCUCCUGUAUGGUGGGUCUGUGGAGCAUGACUGUAGUGUUCUCCGCAGCAUUGGCUAUUACCUGGAGGCUCUGCUUUGCCUGGCUCCGUUUAUGAAGCACCCAUUAAAAAUCGUUCUCCGAGGAGUGACCAAUGACCAAGUUGACCCUUCGGUUGAUGUUCUUAAGGCAACAGCACUCCCUCUGUUGAAACAGUUUGGGAUUGAUGGAGAGUCAUUUGAGCUAAAGAUAAUACGACGGGGGAUGCCUCCAGGAGGAGGAGGCGAAGUGCUUUUCUCAUGUCCUGUAAGGAAGGUCCUGAAGCCUGUCCAGCUCACAGACCCAGGAAAAAUCAAGCGGAUCAGAGGAAUGGCGUACUCCGUGCGCGUAUCCCCUCAGAUGGCAAACCGGAUUGUGGAUUCUGCCCGGAGCAUCCUCAACAAGUUCAUACCCGACAUCUAUAUCUACACAGACCACAUGAAAGGCGUCAACUCUGGGAAGUCUCCAGGCUUUGGACUGUCGCUGGUGGCAGAGACUACCAAUGGUACCUUCCUGAGUGCUGAACUGGCCUCUAAUCCCCAGGGCCAGGGAGCAGCGGUGCUUCCUGAGGACCUUGGCAGGAACUGUGCAAAGCUGCUGCUUGAAGAAAUCUACAGGGGCGGAUGUGUGGACUCGACCAACCAAAGUCUAGUUCUGCUGCUCAUGACCCUUGGACAGCAGGACGUUUCCAAAGUCCUGCUGGGACCACUCUCCCCCUACACGAUAGAAUUUUUGCGGCAUUUGAAGAGCUUUUUCCAGGUUAUGUUUAAGAUUGAAACCAAGCCAUGUGGCGAGGAACUCAAGGGUGGGGACAAAGUGCUGAUGACCUGUGUUGGUAUUGGCUUCUCGAAUCUCAGCAAGACCCUCAAGUGAUGUUGUUACACCGUCAGCGUCUCUUGUGGGUGGAUGAAGCAGAAGCUGCGGAGGACCAAAGGGACUGCGUCCAGAUGUGUCCAUCCAGGACGGGACAGCCUCUUAACAUUAAGGACUUUAUUAACUAGUUUUCCACUGAAAAUACUGAUGUGCAAAUAAAAGACGUUUCUACCAUGUGACUUCCAGCUCUUUCUCCAGUGACAGUGACAUUCCUUGGAGGCCCAAGCUGUGAGCUUCCCAACUCAUCUGGAGGAGGGGCCCUCAGGAAGUGGUCAUGCUGCUAGAGCAGUCUUUGGACUGUGGUUUUGUGUGGGGAUUAAUGUGGCAGUGUGUGUGGAAGCCCUCUGUUCACCAUGACAGACUAUGAGAAUGCCAGGGGCUGGGGCAUUUGGUUUAUCUCUUGUUUUGUGAAUGAGCUGUUGCAUGGGCACAUGCUGUACUUAAUCUGGUCAACUGUGUUUGUGAGGGACUGGUGGUUGGGAUGGGGAGGGCAAUUCUGGGGUGUCUUUAGGUGUUUUCUGUAUUCCAGGUAUGGCAUAAAUUUUCUUUUUAUUCUUCUAA